AUGGCGGAUCUCAAAUGCCAGCCCGUGGAGGUGUGGUAUCUCCGCCAGCUCACCAUCACCGUCCUGUUCGUGUCCUGUGUUGCUGGAGUCCUGGGGAAUGGACUGGUGCUGUGGAUGGCUGUAUUCCGCAUGGCCCGCACUGUCACCAUGAUCUGGUUCUUCAACCUGGCCCUAGCUGACUUUACUGUCCUCCUGUCUGUGCCCGUUUCCAUAUAUAUCAUAGUCUAUGGCUGGUGGCCAUCUGCCAAGUUGGUCUGUAAACUCUACAUGGGCUUUCUGGUCCUCUCCUUCUUCGUCAGCAUCUACUUGCUGGUCCUCAUCUCUGUGGAUCGCUGCAUCUUGGUCCUGUACCCUGUGUGGGCCAGAAACCACAGAACGGUGCAGCGAGCCACAUGGUUGUCCAUCGCAGUGUGGCUGCUGGCAGCUGCUGCCUGUUCUCCAUACUUGAUGUACCGAACCACCGGGGAACUACAUGGCUGUGGAUAUUGCUACUUUGACUUCAAUUCAGAGAAAGAGACAGGGCAGGAUUGGAGUGCAAUGGUUGCUAAGCGACAGAUGGCAAUAGCCAUCACUCACUUCCUGUUUGGCUUCCUAGUACCUCUGACUGUCAUCAGCACCUGUGCCCACUGCAUCCGGUCCAGGCUCCAGACAGAGGGCUGGGUGCAUGCAAGGCGGCCCAAGAGGCUGCUGCUGGUGGUUGGAAGCGCCUUCUUCAUCUUCUGGUUCCCUUUUAACGUGGUGCUCUUGGUGAAGUCAGUGCUUCUGACAUCUCUGCAGCAGCUCCACUACCCCGAGAUGGAGCUCAUCUCAUGGGCUACCUUCGCCUUGGGCUGUUUCAACAGCUGCCUCAACCCCUUCCUCUAUGUCUUCAUCGGCAGAGAUUUCCAGCAGAAAAUUUUCCAGUCUCUAUCUUCUGCCCUAGUUAGAGUGUUUGGGGAAGAAGGUUUUAUCAGUCAUCCUGUUCCUGAGGCCAAUACUCCAUCAGAGGGUAGAAACCAUACAGUUCAAACUAGAAGUCCAUCUUCGUAG